CAACCCCAUAUUCCGUGCAGGCCUCAAGUUGCGAACAUCAUCCGUCGUCAAAAGUCCGACAUAAGUACUCACCACCUUGUUCCUCUCAAUCGAGCUCUAUUCCUGUGUCGACGCUUUCAGCUGUAUUUACUACAUCAUUGGCUCAUUGUACCUCGGUCGUGGGUGGUCAAGAUGUCAGGCUCCGCGGGUUAUGAUCGACAUAUCACCAUCUUCUCAGAUCAAGGGCGAUUAUAUCAAGUCGAAUAUGCCUUCAAAGCAAUUACUGCAGCCAACAUCACCUCGGUGGGAGUCAGGGGAAAGACAUGCGCUGUUGUGCUGUCGCAAAAGAAGGUGCCGGAUAAACUGAUCGAUCCCUCUUCGGUCUCCCAUGUCUUCAAGAUCUCUCCCUCAGUCGGCUGCGUCAUGACCGGCUCAAUAGCCGAUGCUCGAGCCUCAGUCGAUCGAGCCCGAGGGGAAGCUGCAGAAUUCAGAUACAGAAAUGGAUAUGAAAUGCCGUGUGAUGUGCUGGCAAAACGAUUGGCAAACAUCAAUCAAGUCUAUACCCAACGGGCGUACAUGCGACCAUUGGGCGUAGCGACAACGCUGGUCUCGGUCGACGACGAAUAUGGCCCCCAACUUUACAAAUGUGAUCCGGCGGGCUAUUAUGUCGGAUACAAAGCGACGGCGUCUGGACCUAAGCAACAGGAGGCACUCAAUCAUCUCGAGAAGAAGCUGAAGAACAAGGACCACGCUCCAGGCAGCUGGGACGAAGUGGUCGAGCUAGGUAUCAGCACUCUCAGCACCGUGUUGAGCGUUGACUUCAAGAAGGGCGAAUUGGAGAUUGGCAUCGUGGGUGGGCCGAAGGCUGAUGGAACUGAAGGCACGGAUAAUGAGUUCAGGACGUUAACAGAAGACGAAAUCGAGGAACGUCUCCAGGCCAUUGCGGAGCGAGAUUGAGCACAUCUCUCUUCACCGAACCAGAAGGCGCAGGAUAGGGUGUUCUUUGGGACGGGGAGUGACGACAAUGUCGGCAACCACGCUGGACAGGGAUCAGGAUGGGUUCAGCUUGUCCACACGGAAAAUUAGAAUAUGGAGUGAAUCUGGGGACUAUUGGUCGGGUCACGUUCAGCAGCCUCUUGGAGCUGAUCUGAGAUGAUGCGUGUGGCACGUCAUGGUUGGCGUAGAGGACUCGUUCGAGUCCUUUGCUGCUGCUGCUAACAGUCGACGGGAUUCACUCCUGGAGCGGAUCAUUGUGGAUCCGGCUCUCGACUUGGGAUGACUGCCACUAGAGUGUCAGGCGAGUUCUCAGGUCCAUGGGGGUGGACGAACCUUGUCCCAGCCUCAUUGCCGCGUCUAUGCGUUGGACUUGAGAGGGCAGUCAGCACAGCCGGUCUCAGAGAGUUGUGGCGUUUCGUGUGGCUCUAGUGAGGCUGGAAUAGAGGUGAGGAAAUGGAAAAACUGUUGAUCCAGGAGCUGUGCACCAGGGCGUGGUUGACGUGCGUUAUGCGUCGUUGCGUCUCGUAUUGCUGAGAUGGUGGGCGUGAGCGUGUGAGGCUUGAGCGCAGGAAGUUCAAGCCGCCGACUCAAUCACCAUGGAGUCCCUCGUAGUGCCGUUUUCUCACCUCGUUUGGGGAGUCCGGCGCCGUAAGAAUCUCUGCCCAUUGCGCCAGAGAAGGGUGCGCGAAAAAAACGACCCCUGCAUGUUUGCAGAAGCGAGGUGCUGGUGGAGGAUGAAAAUAGAGAAGUGGACCAGUAGACGGGCGUGGAUGGAGGCAGAAGAGUUUUCAGCUUGCAGCAUGCAGCAACCGUUCGAAACGCCAUGUGCGUGUGCUGGGCCU